AUGAGCAGCGAGAAGAAGGAUAAGAAGGCUGUCAGUAAGUUUGAGAGUGAGCAAGGUGAGGAGUCCUUCUAUGCGUCUCCACUGUAUGAUUUCUUGUUUCCAUUUAGGCCUGCUGGCAGCCAAUGGCUUACCGAGUGGAUAAUAAUAAUGUUUGCCAUGAUUAUAAGGUGUGCUAUAGGUUUAGGUCCCUACUCCGGUUAUAAGGAUGGUCCUAUGCAUGGAGAUUUUGAGGCCCAGAGACAUUGGAUGGAAAUCACACAACAUCUACCCAUAUCUAAGUGGUAUUACUAUGAUUUAAAGUAUUGGGGUUUAGAUUAUCCUCCAUUGACUGCUUUCCAUUCAUAUCUACUUGGUAAGCUCGGUACCUUUUGCAACCCAGACUGGUUUGCACUAGACAGUUCUCGUGGUAUUGAGACCCAAGGCUUAAAGAACUACAUGAGAUUUACAGUACUUUUAAGUGAAGCUAUCUUCUACAUGCCUGCUGUCGUGUAUUUCACGAAAUGGUUAGGUAGACGUAGAAAUCAAUCACCAAUUGGCCAAUUUAUUGCAGCAGCAGCCAUUCUAUUUCAACCUUCUCUGAUGUUAAUCGAUCAUGGGCAUUUCCAAUACAAUUCGAUAAUGCUAGGUUUCACAGUUUAUGCAAUUAAUAAUCUACUGGAUGAAUUUUAUGCGCCAGCGGCAAUCUGUUUUGUUCUUUCAAUAUGCUUCAAGCAAAUGUCAUUGUACUACGCACCUAUUUUUUUUGCUUACCUACUUGGCCGCUCAAUGUUUUUCCCUAAGUUGUUCAACAUCCCUAGGUUUAUUUCCAUCUCCAUCGCCACAUUGGUUACCUUUACAGCGAUGUUCUCACCUUUCUACAUAUUUGGUGGCCUUGAUGGCUUGGCUCAAACUGUUAGGAGAAUCUUUCCAUUUGCCAGAGGUAUCUUUGAAGAUAAAGUGGCUAACUUUUGGUGCGUAGUCAAUACAAUUGUUAAAUUCAAAGUUCUUUUCACAAAUGAUCAGUUAAGAAUGUACUCCUUAAUUCUUACAGUGGUCGGUUUUGCACCUGCAAUGAUCUUGAUUAUAUUAUAUCCAAGGAAGCACUUGCUACCUUACGCUUUGGCAGCAUGUUCCAUGUCAUUUUACCUUUUCAGUUUCCAAGUGCACGAAAAGACUAUCUUGGUCCCACUACUUCCAAUUACACUCUUAUUUACCUCCAGAGAUUGGAAUGUGCUAUCUAUGGUAAGCUGGAUAAAUAACGUGGCGCUAUUUACAUUAUGGCCACUAUUGAAGAGGGAAGGGUUGUAUCUACAAUAUUUUGUUUGCUUCUUCUUAAGUAACUGGCUGAUUGGUAAUUUCAGUUUCAUUACUCCAAGAUUUCUGCCAAAAUUUAUUACACCGGGCCCAUCUAUAAGUAGUGUAAGUGAUAACUACAGACGCAGGAGUCUGCUGCCCCACAGCAUCUUUUGGAAAUUGAUCAUAGUAUCAUCAUAUAUUGGUAUGACUGCAUACCAUUUCCUGGACUUAUUCAUUGAAGCUCCACCAAGAUUCCCUGACUUAUGGGUGAUUCUAAACUGCACUAUCGGAUUCGUAUCAUUCUCUUUGUUCUGGCUAUGGACUUAUUACAAGUUCUGCACAUUACUGAAGAAAAAUAUCCAAGAUCUAUAG